AUGACUAGUAAUUCUGCAGUAUAUAUAAAAGACACUAAAUCGAAUAUUAUCGUUAUUGCUCCAGACUUUCCAGACUUCGAAAACACUGAAUAUUUUAAUAUAAAAUAUAUAUUGAGAAACAUUCUAUGUGAUUUCCAA